CAAGGCACAAGCAGCCGAGCGGGGGAAAGUCUCGGGCGGCCGCUGCAGGCACAGCCGGACAGCCCCGCGUGGCGCUCGCCAACCAGCAGGGCACUCCGUGAGCCAAGCGAGAGGAGGCGAGGAGGGGAGCAAAAGCCACUUCUCCGGGCUCGCUCGCUCGCGGCCGGGCAUGCAAAGUUGGGCACUUCGGGAGCGAGUGUGCCUGUCGCGUCGCCUCCUGCCUUGAGUCCCGAUUCGGGAUGUACACCAUCACGCGGGGCCCCAGCAAAAUCGCCACCCAAAGGAGGACGGGUCCCACCACGCAGCAGGUGGAGAGCAAGUUGGGCGAGCUGAAAUGCAAGCGGCGGCAGCAGCAGCAGCUCAGCGCCUGGCCUCCGUCCAGCCCGGCUCCCAAGCUGGUGUUCAACAGGGUGAACGGCAAGAGACCUCCGCUGAUGCCGCAGCAGACGGCAGCCACAGAAGAAAGCUACACAUUGGCUCACGAAGAAAAUGUCCGGUUUGUGUAUGAAACAUGGCAACAGGUAGAGCAACAGUUGUACAACGGCCGCCCAGGAGAAAAUGGAUCCGGCCCCGUACAGUAUGCAGAGAAAACGCCCAGCCCUGAGCUGAAAGAUUUUGUGCCAAUAGAUCUUGAAGACUGGUGGGCACAACAGUUCUUAGCCAAAAUUGAGAACGGCUCUUAACACAGGGGUGUGCGGUAGAACGAUUUUAAAAUUAAAAAACGCUAACCUUUUUAACGUGCCCUGAGGCCUGCCCCUGCCCGAGUGGAGAGAGAGACGGAGAAGCAACGGGGCCAGUCCAGCUCUUACGCCCAUACCCGUGGCAAAGGGCAGAAAGGAAACCAGACUCUGCCCAGCCACGCCCACUUGGCACGAGGAAGAUUCCUGGAGACGAGAUGCAAGUUCUGGAAGUGCCGUGGAGGUGUGGGAGGGGUCCCAGGGAGGGGCUGGCGACCCCCCGUUGUUCUCCUGCUUUGGGCUGGCACCCUACGGCAAGCCUGCGGUGCGACCUUUAGCCAGGACUGUGUUCAGAAUAAAAGCGCUGAUGACGCCAGUGGAACGAG